GCCUGAUGGAUCCCAAUAUGGCUAUGUGUUCCCCAGUGGAUUUAUCAGUGAUUUGGACUCUUACAAGGAAGAGUCCACAUUUCCUCCCUGCCUUGGAGAUCCGGAGAGCUCCCCAGAGUCUUGUAUGAACUGGCUAGAGAUGCAAGAACCUGGAUAUGAACCCUUUGAGAUAGGACACCUGGCUCAGCUGCAGAAUGUCCAAGUUUCCUACCCGCCUGGCACUUUCCCCCAGCCACAACUCUCUCUGGAACCAAUCUACAACCAUGAGGGAAUGAUGCCUGCCCAGAAUCCAGCUAUGGUAUUCAAGGAAGAAUACAACACUGAG